AUGAAGACCCAGAUGGAGGAAAUUGAAGAUGAUCUUGCCGCAGAGGAGGAAAAUAAGAAGAAGAAUGCGCCGUAUCUCUACGACCUUGUUAUUACACAUGCUCUUGACUGGCCCAGCUUGACCUGUCAGUGGUUCCCAGAAAAAGAACAAAAUCCUCAGAAACCAUAUACCACGCAUCGUCUUCUUUUGGGAACACAUACAUCGGGACAGGCUCAAGAUUACCUUCAGAUUGCCACUGUCCAGAUCCCGAAACGCGACAAUCCUGCUACUGGAGCCGACAAAUUGGACCGCGCAGAUUACGACGACGAACGUGGUGAACUUGGUGGCCACAACCUUCCUCCCUCACCUCGCAUUCAAAUCAUCCAGAAAAUCAACCAUGAUGGGGAGGUCAACCGUGCCAGAUAUAUGCCACAAAAUCCUGAUCUGAUUGCCACAAAAUCUGUCACUGGAGAGGUUUUAAUCUUUGAUCGCACAAAGCAUUCAAGUGAGCCUGAGAGGGGAGGAAUCUGCAAACCGGAUAUCAGAUUAGUUGGGCAACAUCGCGAAGGAUAUGGCCUCGCAUGGAAUCCUGUUAAGGCUGGGUAUGUUUUAGGUGCAUCUGAAGAUAUGACCGUGUGCUGUUGGGAUGUUAAUUCAUACACUAAGGCUAAAUCAACCAUCGAGCCAACGAUUACUUUCAAAGGUCACACUUCUGUUGUCGGGGAUGUUGAUUGGCAUGCCACUCAUGAGAACAUUUUUGCCAGCGUUGGAGAUGAUAAAAUGCUUAUGAUUUGGGAUACCCGAUCACCUUUGGAUCCCAAACACAAAGUGCAAGCCCACGACGCCGAAAUUUUAGCUGUAGCCUUCAGUCCUGCAACCGAACAUCUUCUGGUGACUGGAAGCGCAGACAAGACUGCUGUACUUCAUGAUAUGCGUUUCCCAAACAAGAAACUACACGUUUUUGAGUCGCACACCGAUGAAGUUCUUCACCUUGCCUGGUCGCCCCAUAAUCCUACCAUCUUUGCAUCUGCGUCCAGCGACAGACGCAUCAACAUCUGGGACUUAUCCUUGAUAGGACAAGAACAGACGCCUGAUGACCAAGAAGAUGGCCCACCUGAAUUACUCUUCAUCCAUGGAGGACACACUGCUCGCCCAACUGAUUUCUGCUGGGCACCAGGCGAAUCAGAAAAUUGGACUGCUGCUAGUGUUUCUGAGGACAAUGUAGUCAUGGUUUGGCAGCCGACAAUGCGAAUUUGGGCCGGCGAUGCUGUCAAGGUUGACGAAAAAGAACUGGAAAGCGAUGCGAUGGAGGGUAUUGAAGGUCCUAGUACUGACAAGGGAAAAGCAAGUGUCAGUGGUGGAAGCUUGAGAAGCCAGAGUAUGAGCGUCAGUGCUACGUCGGCUGACGAUUAA